AUGGCAGUAAACAUCGACUCUUUCGAACAACUUCCAACCCGAAUCGGACGUUUACGGAUGAGAAGAUGUGGUUCAACAUCAGCUUUGACAAUCUUCGUCGUUUACGCUCCAACAUUAAGCAACGAAGAAGAAGAAGUCGCAGCUUUCCAUAUGGACCUGGAGAAGUUCUACAGAGAAGAGCAUACCUUCUACAAGGUCACAAUUGGUGACUUCAGCGCCAAAAUUGGCCCCAAAGAACGCCUGGAGGACAUCACAUCGGAACCCACGGCCUUCAAUGGAAUGAGCAGGGAGAGAGGCUUUCCGUGUUCAUCAUGGCGAGUAAGACCAUACAUGGGAACUCGCAAUUCCAGAAGCUCUCUUCUCUACGCUGGACGUGGGAGUCACCCGAUGGAGGAUAUCAUAAUGAAAUUGACCACAUCAUCGUUAGUAAAAGGUUUUGCCUGA